AUGGCGGUAUUUGGCUUGGUCUCGGCGGUCGCCGGAUUCGUUAAGGUGCGAUAUUUGAUCGACAAGGCUGUUAUUGACAACAUGGUCUUCAGAAUGCAUUACAGAAUCACGUCAGCCAUUCUGUUUCUUUGCUGCAUUAUUGUUACGGCCAAUAACUUGAUAGGCGAUCCCAUCAACUGCCUAUCGGAAUUACCCUCCGGCCAUGUGAUCAACACGUAUUGCUGGAUCACGUACACGUUCACGCUGCCGGGAAACAACGCGAAGCCCGUGGGUACCCACGUGGCCCAUCCGGGUCUGGGUGGCGAUUACGGGGAGAAAAGGUACCACUCGUACUACCAGUGGGUGCCGUUCAUGCUGUUCUUUCAGGGCGUACUGUUCUAUUUACCACAUUGGAUGUGGAAGCAAUGGGAGGAAGGUAAAAUCAGGAUGAUAUCCGAAGGCAUGAGAGGUACCACGAUGGAUUCUAAGCAGGAGCGGCAAGCUAAGACCGAAAGACUGGUUCAGUAUCUCAUGGAGACCAUGCACUUGCAUAACAGCUACGCUGCCGGAUAUUUCUUUUGCGAGGUUCUCAACUUUAUCAACACCGUUGGUAACAUCUUCUUCGUAGACACGUUUCUGGGCGGCGCUUUUCUUACGUAUGGUACGGAUGUGUUGAAGUUUAGCAACAUGAAUCAGGAGCAACGUACUGACCCGAUGAUCGAAGUAUUCCCACGCAUAACUAAGUGUACUUUUCACAAGUUUGGUGCCUCUGGUACAAUCCAGAAAUUGGACGCGCUCUGCGUACUCGCGCUCAAUAUUCUCAACGAGAAAAUCUACAUCUUUCUGUGGUUCUGGUUUAUCAUAUUGGCCGUCGUUUCCGGCUUGGCGGUCCUGUACAGCAUGGCCAUAGUGUUGAUGCCCAGCACGCGCGAAACGAUUAUCAAGAAGCGCUUCAAGUUUGGCACAUCAACUACCGUUAGCACGCUUAUCCGAAAAACUCAAGUUGGCGACUUCUUAAUGCUCCAUUUGCUGGGUCAGAAUCUGAAUCUCAUGACGUUCAACGAAGUGCUAGAAGAAAUGUGUCGUCGUAUACAAUUCGGUAAUGGCAGCGACGCAUCGCCAACAUCAGUACCUUCGGCACCUAGUACCCUCGAAAUGUCGCCAAUAUACCCAGAGAUCGAGAAAUACGGCAAGGACACCGAGAUCUAAAUGCGAGAAGAAACUCGGCCGUCGUCGCUAUCAUCCACUGCCCUUCUCCCCCUUUUACUUGUUCGUAUUGUGAUAAUAUCGAGGGCGGUUUUGCAAUGCCGUCAUCUCGGUGCCAAUAAAGAGACAGGUUCGUGCCGCUCUGUCGAAUACAUUAUCGCGCGAGGAGCUAUGUAAAACCAUACGCACACUGGACGUCUCUCCUCGUCAUCUCCCUGCUGCCCAUCGGGGUCUCAUGUUUAACGUAGCCUUACUGUCACACGGCACUCGUAAAACGUAAGCUCAGCAUUAAAAAAUCUUGACACUUGUCUCCUGUCAACGAGAGUUUCGCUCAUUACCGCGUCCUUGUUAAAACGUGAGACGAUCCUUGACAUUUAUAUUCAAUGAGACUUUCAAUUGGAAAUUUCUGAAAACUGCACUU